UGGGGGGUGAUGGGAAGAGAGGUGACUGGGAGGUAUUUAUAAAAGAGCAAAUCAACACAGACCAGUUGGCCACGGUGAGCUUCUUUGUCAGCAAUUCAUCAGUCACAGCAUCUUAGCAGCUGACUCGGAGCCUUCAUUAAAAACUAAUUACUUUAGCAUUAGUAAGGUACAUACAGCCACCCUCGGAUUCAUUGGACUAGGCCUCAUUAAUAUUUAAUAUUAUGACAGUCUUGGUCUGAUUCAAAACACGCUGGAUAAUCUCAGAAAUGUAUGGAGGUGAAACUAAGGUCACGGCUGUUUUUCCUAUUUCUUCAAAGGCAAUUUGGAGAUGAGAGGUUGUCGCCAAACCAAAAUAUGCAGAAAUAUGCAAAAUCACAUGUUAAGUAAACAAACUUAUGUUGACCUCAUUGAACUUCAUGAAAAUAUAAAAUAUGAUUAAGAUAAAAUUCCCAAGCGUUUUCCUUAUUUCAGUUGGUGAAAGACUUCAGUUACAUUAACUCUGUACACUAAGUUCAGACCAGUGAGAACAGCCGAUAUUAGCCAUUUAAUCAGAGGCAAUUUACAUCGCUGGAAUGCAACCAGGUCCAUGCAAUUAAUUACAAUAAAUGAGCUGUAGACUAGCGUGCCGGUAACGCACACUAGAGAAUUGUAUCUUUAGCACCAGAUCAUCAGUAGGUCUUUUUCACAGAAGACAUUUUGACAUUUCACAGUGUGAAAAGCACAGGUGUAAAUAAAAUUAAUGAUUGCUGAAUUCCAUUUUGCUGCUUUAGUUUCAGGGUCCUGGUAUUGUGCAUGCUGCCUCACUGUCACACUGGCUUACGGUUUACCUUCAAUAGAACACAGGUGUUAAUACUUACACCUGUAAGUUCAAAUGCCUGCUGUGAAAAAGGACUAUUAAUGACGGCUUGAAUUUUAGAAAAACAGUAGUUUUAUUUUAUGGCAGGAUGGUAAACAAAUUUACAGAAUCGAAGACGUUCAACCAACCAGUCCAGUCGAGUCGAGUCUGAUCAGACUGUUUAUAAUCCAGUCAAACAUACAUCGUUUAUACUUAGUUAUACAUUUUAGUUUGGUUUUAUCAAGAUAAAUAAUUAAGUUUAAUUUAAUUAUUUAUUCUUGGAGAUUCGAAAGUGUCACUCGUGUUGCUUAUGUAAUCAAGAGAACUUGCACUUGCAGCACUUGGAAGGGUCUUUUGUUUCAGUGUCUAAAGUCAGGCUCUAUUCCUCAGGCGAGUCUGGAGUCUGACAUGGGCCUUCUUUGGUUUCAUUUUGCCUAAUCUGUUGAUAUUUUUCUUGUUAACUAAUAUUUAUUUUGUCCCAUAUUCUAUAUUUUAUACUUAAGUAAGAAAUUUGGCUUUGAGUUUUUAAAACAUUUAAGCUUGUCAGGGAAACACUCCUGCAACUCCCUGGGCACCCUCCUUCCUGCCUUAUUGUGACUAUUUAUUGUGAUGUAGAUUAUAGAUAAUAUUGCACAGCACUGUUUCAUUUUAGAAAUAUCAUUUUAAUAGAGAUAUCUGUCAAUUAUGUUUUGAAGAAUACUCAGUCAGCGUUGAUAGGUGCAGCUAAAUAUCCCCCCUCCACGGAUGGUUUGUGAACCUUCACUGGAGUCCCAGAAUCCAACACUCUCCUAACUGACAUAUCUGACUGUGUGUGAGCCUGUUAUUUCCAGAGUGGCAUAUUAUUCCACAUUUUUAGAGAUCAAAAAUCCCCUAACAAACUCCCCAUGAAUACGUAAUGACUGUAGCAGCGGGAUUGCAGCUGAAAUUACAUUAGCAUACCACCACCACCCCCAGGCCUGCACCAUUUGACAGAGUUGUGUAUUACACGCUUGAUUCUCCUUACACGGCCCGCUCUGGGGUGGAAAGCGCCAUGACAAACCCCUGCCCAUUCAUCGGACCAGUGGUUCACCAGCUGUUUCCAGUGUGGCCAUUAACAUCAAAUCCCCAUGGAGAGUGCAGAGGCUCCGCAGGGCCUCGACAUGUUGGUGUUAGGAGUUGUUUGGCCUGCUAACUGUGUGAGUAAAGCAGUGACCGGCCAUAUGUCCCAUCUACCACCCGUCCAGACCUGCCCACUCUGGCUCACGUGAUGGGUUGACUGUAAUAAAAUGGCUGAAUGGAGAUACUGAAGAGAUGGAGGAGGGGUACAAAUGGUAGGGGAAGGGUGGAUGAUGGAGGAGUGUAAAAAUAGAAAAAUGGGAAGCACAGUGAAUAGGGAAAGUGUUUUUUCCCUAGUAGAUCAUCACUGUUUGUAGCCUAUAUAUUUAUUCAACCGUUUCCCAUGGCAUCCCUGGUUGUAGUACAGUACAGUGCAGUGCAUUGUGUUCUAUGGAGCAUGUCAGUCGCCUGCGGGAAUCAAACGGAGUGGAGGAGUGAAGAUGCAAGCUCACUUUAACUGUAUUAGAUCAUGUUUUAGUGGUUAACCAACGCUGACAGGGCACCACAGAUGAAGUCAUCGAUGUCACAGGACCGCACACUGGCAACAAAAAGCAAAGGGAGUCACAGGGAGGAUCGUCAGUACAGUAGCACCCAGUACCUGCAGGCCAUUCCAUCCCAUGGUGAACCUACAGUGCUCUCCGGAGCUCAGGAUGUUCCUGUGCGCGCUCUAUGCUCCGGUGUGUACAGAGUACGGGAGGAUGACUCUGCCCUGUCGCCGCCUCUGUCUGCAGGCCAAGAGCGACUGCUACAAACUGAUGGACAUGUUUGGUGUCAGCUGGCCACAGGAGAUGGACUGCAACAGGUUCCCAGACUGUGAUGAGUCCUACCCCCGUCCUGUAGACCUCCUGUCCAGCUCUGAAACAACCGAAUCCCCCGUCUCCGUCCAGCGGGACUACGGCUUCUGGUGUCCAAGAGAGCUCAAAAUCGACCCCGAGCUCGGCUACUCCUUCAUGGGGGUCCGCGACUGCUCUCCCCCGUGUCCCAACAUGUAUUUCACACGUGAAGAGCUGGCGUUUGCCCGCUACUUCAUCGGGGUGGUGUCCAUCGUCUGCCUGUCCGCCACUCUCUUCACCUUCCUGACUUUCCUCAUCGAUGUAUCCCGCUUCCGCUACCCAGAGCGUCCAAUUAUAUUCUAUGCUGUGUGCUACAUGAUGGUGUCCCUGGUGUUCUUCCUGGGGUUUCUGUUGGAGGACAAAGUUUCCUGUAAUGCAGCAAGUCCUGGGAGGUUUAGGGCUUCAACAGUGACCCAAGGCUCCCAUAACAAGGCCUGCACCCUUCUCUUCAUGGUGCUGUAUUUCUUCACCAUGGCUGGCAGCGUCUGGUGGGUCAUUCUGACCAUCACCUGGUUCCUGGCUGCUGUUCCCAAGUGGGGCAGUGAGGCAAUAGAGAAGAAGGCUCUACUCUUUCACGCCUGUGCCUGGGGCAUCCCCGGUGUCCUCACAGUUAGCCUGCUCGCCAUGAACAAGAUCGAAGGAGACAGUAUCAGCGGGGUUUGCUUUGUAGGGAUGUACAACUUGACGGCUCUGCGUUGGUUCCUGCUGGCCCCACUGGGACUGGAUGUAGUGGUUGGCGUGGCACUGCUGCUGGCAGGCAUCGCAGCACUAAACCGAGUUCGCAUGGAGAUCCCACUGGAGAAGGAGAACCAGGAGAAACUGGUGAAGUUCAUGAUUCGUAUCGCUGUGUUCUCCGUGCUCUACCUGGUCCCUCUGCUGGCCGUUCUGGGCUGCUACCUUUAUGAGAACAGCUACCGAGCCAUCUGGGAGACGACCUGGGUCCAGGAGAAGUGUAGAGACUACCACAUCCCCUGCCCCUACCAGGUGGAGCGCACCAGUCGUCCAGACCUGGUCUUGUUCCUGAUCAAGUACCUGAUGAUGCUGAUCGUAGGGAUCCCCUCGGUGUUCUGGGUGGGCAGUAAGAAGACCUGCUUCGAGUGGGCCAGCUUCUUCCACGGCAAGAGACGCAAAGACAGGAUGGUCAAUGAGAGCCGACAGGUGCUCCAGGAGCCCGACUUUGCCCAGCUGCUGCUGAGGGAUCCCAACACGCCCAUCGUGAGGAAGUCACGGGGAACCUCCACCCAGGGCACAUCCACCCACGCCUCAUCCACCCACCUGGCCAUGUUGGAUGAACCGCCCAGCGCCAGCACCAGCCGGGCCGGCUCGGUUCGCAGCGCACGCUCAAAGAUGAGCAGCUACCACGGCAGCCUGCACCGCUCCCGAGACGGCAGAUACACAGCCUCCAGUUUCCGGGCCGCAGACGACCGGCUGCCCUACGGAAGCAUGCCUCGCCUCAAUGACCAAUCGCAGUCGAGACAGUGCAGCACCAAUCGCCUGGACAGCCUAUCGCGCCACGGCUCCACCCAGCGACUGGAGAGCCAAUCGCGGCACAGCAGCAUCAGGGACCUCAGCAGCGUCACCCAAGCUGUUCUCGGUGUCCCUGGUAACGGGAUCCACAGGGUCCUGGAGGAGGACGGAGCUACGGCCUGAACAGGAACCCAACUGCAUACUUCCGAAAGAAGCUGUGACAGCUGGGUAGAAGGGAAAGUAGGAAAGAUGACUUUUCUUCCUUCUUGUAGAAAGUGAAAGAAUGUGUGAGGAUCCACAGCGAGCGACAGAACGCAGACACCGACACCCGCUCCCGUUGAACUCAGAGCUGAAGCUCAACGCUCCAGUUUACUGAUGACGUUAGAUUAGAGCUACAUGCGGCCAUAUAUAGAGGACUGAGUGUGGAUCGAUGCCUUAAACCGUCCUCUCAGCUUUACUCGACCUACUAGCUGAUCCCAAAAACUGAAGUUCAAAAUGAUUUUUGUCCAGUUUACAAAACUACAAGGGACUCUGGUCCUGAUGGUGACCUGUGGAUUGCAAACACUGGAAAAUGAUGACAAUGCUGCACUGUUGGACCUACGUUACUGAGCCAAGAACAAAAUGUGACCAACACUGUCAGACUGCACUGGAUUGUUUUUUUACUUGUACUGUAUUGUUUGUAUAAAAGGACUCUGAACAGGAUCUGAAUGACGGUACUCAUUACGAGUCUUCUCUUCUAGUCCGUGCCGUUCAGCGCUCGGGAGAGUGGAAGCAGGGUACUUUUUAAACAGAUUUACCAGCUACAUUGAAGCUGUUUUUCACCUCUUUAGCUGCUGAUGUCUCCAUUCUUUUUCAAAUUGUAACUUAACCUGUUAAAAACCCUAUUUAUAAAGGCAUUGUUUCACAGCUAAAUUGAAAAUCCACAUGAAAAGUAAAAAAAGAGAGCCCCUGAACAAAAGCCCUCUCACAUGUUUAAAGCCGUUUUUUAUUCGAUGUAUUGAGGUUCUUUACUGCUUCAUGAUGAGAAGAAACAUGUUUGAGGUUUUCCAGGAUGCAAGGGCUGAAUCCAAACUCCUGCCUUAUGACUGUGUGUUCAGAAGUAAAUGUUACAGGCUGUGUGAUUGCAUACAAAGUCAAUGGAAAGAAUGUGUUAAUGAAUCUGCUUCAUAAAACGUAGCCACACACACAGUGUGUCCAGUGCCAGCUAGUUUACAGCGAACAGUCGGUACAGCGGCUGUCUGGAGGGAUAAACCGUGCAGCGGUCGUACUCGCAUUAAAGACGCCAGGCAACCAUUGGCUUCUUCUGUCUGAACACACCUCAACAGUUUGAAUAGAUGGUAGUGCGCCCUUAAAUUAGAGUCAGUUUCCAGGUAGUUUGUCCCGUUUAAAAUGUGUCCUUACUUGUAUAGCUGCUGUAAAAUGUUAGACCAACAUUUCCUCUAGUGGCAAAACUUGUGAAUAGAUGUGAAAUCUGAACUUUUCUUGUUCAUUUGUAAUAAAGUCUUUUUUAAAGAA